AUGACACAAGAUUUUCAACAGGCUUCACAAGAUGAGUCUUCCUCAACUACCACCACAGCUGGACCUUCUGAGUCUGCGAAUCCUACUUCACCUCAAUCUUCGACUCUAUCACAUCGGCCUCGAACGAAAUCCGAUUUUGACAAGAUACUACUUGAGCAAUACUUUCAUCACACUUUGAUUCAUUCUGCCGCCCUCCUUGAUGAUCAAGCAAAACGAGAGCUUUUAUAUCUACGCAAACACGGUGAAGCGCAAGAUUACGAGCUGGUGCGAAAUCACAAGGAUUUCUUUACACCGAGUCGAUUAUUUGGGACAGGUUACAACGGAUACGGCAAUGGAGUCACAGAUGGGCCAACUAGAAUAUUGUAUCCGCACUCGAAACCGAGGGUUGGGAAGAGGAAAACAAAGCAAUUACGAAUCAGGCGCAAAGAUAUGUCCAUGCAAGCAGAUCAGGUGGAAGAAUUGGUACCCAUAAGGUUAGAUGUGGAUUGGGAUAAGGUUAAGCUUCGAGAUACUUUUACUUGGAAUUUUCAUGAACGCACCAUCUCUCAAAACUUGUUCGCGGAGCAACUUGUGGAGGAUCUAGGUCUGGUUACUCCAGCAGCAGAACCAGUACUACAACAAGUUCAGCAGCAAAUGCAUGAACAAAUCCGCGACUUUCAUCCCCCAGUUUAUACAACAGAAGACCCCCUGGAUGAGAUGCUACCAUAUACUGCAUAUAAGAAUGAUGAACUGCGUAUCCUCAUCAAGCUCAACAUCACUAUUGGACCACUCACAUUGGAAGAUAAAUUCGAAUGGGAUAUUAAUAACCCUUUGAAUUCUCCAGAAGAAUUUGCGCAAAGUAUGGCUAAUGAUUUGUCUCUUUCGGGGGAAUUUACAACAUCCAUCGCACAUUGCAUACGAGAACAAAGUCAAUUGUUUAUAAGAAGUUUGUAUGGUAUUGGACAUCCAUUUGACGGAAGGCCGGUGGAAGACGCCGAUUUGGUCGCUGCAUUUUUACCUUCACCUAUAGUAUCAGUGCUACGGCCACAUCAACAGAUCAAAGAGUUUGCGCCGUAUCUAUAUGAAAUGACUGAAAACGAUUUGGAGAAGCACGAGUUAGUAUUUUCCCGAGAACAACGAAGACAGAAGAGAUCGGUAAACAGGAGAGGAGGGCCAGCUCUUCCAGACCUGAAAGAUAGACAAAGAACCGUGAGAACUUUGGUUGUAUCUUCUGUAUUACCAGGAGCCGCAGCAACAAUUGCGGAGAGUCGAUUAUACAAACGAGUAGGGGUUCCAUCAGGAAGAGGAAGACGUGCUGGUUUCGGUCGACAAGAUGGUGCAGAUCUUUCGGAAUCAGAUGAUAGUGAAGAUUCUUCACCGGAUUCUCCAGCUAUACAAACGAGCCAAGGUACUGCAAGAACAAGAAAUAUGCGUGGAGCAGCUACAGCUGCACAGCAAAGAAUGGCGAUUAUUGGAAGAUCAGAAACUCCAGAAGCUAUGUUAGCACAUCAUCAUGAGACAAGAACAUCGGCAAGGAAAUUUGGUCGUGAUGCACGCGACGAAAGUGUGGAGAUGCCUUCAUUGAUGGUCAGAAUGAAAGUGCCGAAAGAAAAAUUCAGGAAACUUGUCAAAGAUUUAAGUAAAGGCCGCCCAAGUCAUCCGCAAACCCCUUCAAUACCUCGCGCAUUAUCAACAUUCAGUACACCUGCUCCACUAGGAUCUAUGGGCCCACCUUUAACACCUGGCGUACAGGUUCAACAAUUGGCAACAACUCCAGCACCAGCACCAGGACCGCCACAACCAGUACUGGCAGUAGCGGUAGGUCAGAUAGGUAGGAUUGAUGCGCCACCUCCUAUACCUGGUCAAGUUCUACCGGCUCCACCACCACCACCCACCUGGCUCGCCACUGGCCUCACAACCCUCCACCAACAAUAUCCCAACGAUCGAUUCGAAGGCAUGAUGCGCUACUCCGCCGUCUCCAUGGCCUCCGAAACCCCAGUCCCAGCUCCUCAACCAGGCACCAACCCCGAAGGUAUCAAGUGGAUGUACCUACCCAGAAUCAGAUGUCACGAUUGUCCUGGAAAAUUAUAUACCCCCGGGCCGGACACCACGGUCGGUAAUUUUGAAGUCCAUUUGAAGAAUAAGGGUCAUAGGGAGAAGGUUAAUUUGAGGUUGGGUCAUGCUGGGCAGGGACAGGGACAGGGGCUUGGGUCGGCGGCGGCGUAG